AUUUUCUGAGGACUGAGGGAGAGAGAGAGAGAGAGAGAGAGAGAUGGGAUUGGGCUGUGCUGCUGCUGCGUCUACAUUGUUCUGCCCAACCCCAACGCCACCUGUUUGUCGUGUUACGCCAUUGCAAUUACAAUUGAAGCAGGGCUUAGUAAUUAGAAAAUCCUGCAAUCAUCAUCGGCAUUGUCAUUCCUUCGUCAGUUCAUGUCUCUCUACUGCAUCUCCACCGGCAAGCAGCAGUAACGUCUUGGAGGUGAGAGAGAUAAGGGAGAGAAGUAAAAGAUGGCAGUGGAGAGGCCAUUCUAUCAACUACUUCGUUCAUCUUCCUCCACAAGAAGGUCCUUCCCCUCCACCUACUCUUCUCCUCGUUCACGGCUUCGGCGCUUCCAUCGCCCAUUGGCGCAGAAAUAUUGGUGUACUAUCUCAAAGCUACAUUGUUUAUGCCAUUGAUCUGCUUGGUUUUGGUGCUUCGGAUAAGCCUACAGGCUUUGCUUAUACAAUGGAAGCAUGGGCUCAGCUGAUACUGGAUUUCUUGGAUGAAAUCAUUCAGAAGCCAACUGUUCUUGUUGGGAAUUCUGUGGGAAGCCUCGCCUGUGUCAUUGCUGCCUCAGGUUCGAUGCAUGGCCUGGUUCGGGGGCUUGUUCUUUUAAACUGUGCAGGUGGCAUGAAUAACAAGGCAAUUGUUGAUGACUGGAGAAUCAAAUUGUUGUUGCCUUUGCUUUGGUUAAUCGAUUUCUUAUUGAAGCAACAGGGAAUUGCAUCGGCGAUCUUUGAGCGUGUCAAGCAGAGAGAGAAUCUAAGGAGCAUCCUAUUGUCUGUAUAUGGAAACAAGGAUUAUGUUGAUGAUGUUCUGGUAGAGAUCAUAAAAGGACCAGCUGAUGAUGAAGGGGCACUUGAUGCCUUUGUUUCAAUUGUGACAGGUCCACCAGGGCCAAACCCAGUACAGUUAAUGCCAAGAAUCUCAAUACCUGUUCUGGUUUUAUGGGGUGAUCAAGAUUCAUUUACUCCUCUUGAUGGGCCUGUUGGAAAGUAUUUCUCUUCUUUACCUUUUGAAUUGCCAAAUUUAAGCCUUUAUGUUCUUGAAGGAGUAGGGCACUGUCCCCACGAUGACAGGCCUGACCUGGUCCAUGAAAAACUACUCCCUUGGUUGGCUAAUCUUCCUGCUUCAUGAGUGAACUUUCUACCUUGAAAACGUGGCAGUUUCCAACAUGUAGAUACAUUUCUUGAUUGUUUAUAGAUUCAGCCAACUAUAGUGUAUAUACCAUAAAGCAAUCAACUUAUAUUAGGGAGAUUACAUCUCAGUACUGUAAUUCCCUUUGAUGUCUCUUCUUUUUCCGUGAAUUGUCAAGAAGAGAGAGGACAAUAUCAGAAGGAAAAAAUGAAUGAAAGAAUGAUCUUCUAAAUAACGUUAUCGGUUAUUCCA